AUGACCACGGGCCAGGCAGGAACUGCUGUGACCAUCACCACCACCACCACCAUCCACAUCAGCCUCACCACCAUCAUCAAUAUCAACAUCACCACCAUCACCACCCUCAUCAACAUCAAUGUCAACAUCACCACCACCAACACCAUCAUCAACAUCAAUGUCAACAUCACCACCACCAACACCAUCGAUGAUAUUGGCCCAGUGACCCUCACGGCAGACCCAGCGGUGUUUCAGAGAGAGCUGAGAGAACUCUAUGUGCAGGGGGGCGGUGACUGCCCAGAGAUGAGUGUGGGGGCCAUCAAGGCUGCUGUGGAGGUGGCCAGCCCCGGCUCCUUCAUCUACGUCUUCUCGGAUGCCCGCGCCAAGGACUACCACAAGAAGGAGGAGGUCCUGCGGCUCUUACAGCUUAAACAGUCACAGGUGGUCUUCGUGCUGACAGGGGACUGUGGUGACCGCACUCAUCCCGGCUACCUGGCUUACGAGGAGAUCGCUGCCACCAGCUCUGGGCAGGUGUUCCACCUGGACAAGCAGCAGGUGACCGAGGUGCUAAAGUGGGUAGAGUCAGCGGUCCAGGCCACCAAGGUGCACCUGCUGUCCACGGACCACAAGGAAGAGGGCGAGCAUACGUGGAAGAUUCCCUUUGACCCCAGCCUGAAGGAGGUCACCAUCUCCCUGAGCGGUCCAGGGCCUCAGAUCGAAGUCCGUGACCCACUGGGGAAGAUCCUACAGAAGGAUGAGGGCCUCAACGUGCUUCUCAACAUCCCUGACUCCGCCAAGGUUGUGGCCUUUAAGCCUGAGCAUCCUGGGCUGUGGUCCAUCAAGGUCUAUAGCAGUGGUCGCCAUUCAGUGAGGAUCACAGGUGUCAGCAACAUCGACUUCCGAGCUGGCUUCUCCACUCAGCCCUCUCUGGACCUCAACCACACCAUUGAGUGGCCCCUGCAAGGGGUGCCCAUCUCCCUGGUGAUCAACUCCACGGGCCUGCAGGCACCCGGCCGCCUGGACUCGGUGGAGCUCUCACACAGCUCAGGGCGGUCCCUCCUGACUUUGCCCACGAGGCCCCUCUCGAACGGAUCCACGCAUCAGCUGUGGGGCGGACCACCCUUCCACGCCCCCCAGGAGCGCUUCUACCUCAAGGUGAAGGGCAAAGACCACGAGGGGAAUCCCCUGCUCCGUGUCUCUGGAGUUUCCUACAGUGGGGUGGUCCCAGGUGCCCCCCUGGUCAGCAUGCCCCCCAGGAUCCAUGGCUACCUGCACCAGCCCCUGCUGGUCUCCUGCUCUGUGCACAGCACCCUGCCCUUCCGGCUACAGCUGCAGCGGAACGGAGCCAGGCUGGGCGAGGAGAGGCAUUUGCAGGUGUCGGGAAACAGCAGCUGGGAGAUCCCACGGGCCUCCAAGACCGAGGAAGGGGUGUAUGAGUGCACGGCCAUCAGCAGGGCUGGGACUGGACGAGCAAAGGCCCAGAUUGUUGUCACAGACCCCCCGCCGCAGCUAGUCCCUGCCCCCAACAUCACCGUGUCCCCAGGGGAGACCGCCGUCCUGUCCUGCCAGGUCCUGAGUGAUGUCCCCUACAACCUGACGUGGAUCCGGGACUGGCGAGUCCUGUCGGCCUCGACGGGCAGAGUCGCCCAGCUGGCCAACCUAUCCCUGGAGGUCAGCGACGUUAUCCCCAUCGACGGUGGGCGGUACCAGUGCAUGGCCAGCAACGCCAAUGGGGUCACCAGGGCAUCCAUCUGGCUCCUGGUGCGAGAGGCCCCCCAGGUCAGCAUCCACACCCGGUCCCAGCACUUCUCCCAGGGUAUGGAGGUGAACAUCAGCUGCUCAGCCUCUGGAUACCCCACACCACACAUCUCCUGGAGCCGUGGGGGUCAUGCUCUGCAAGAGGACAGCAGAAUCCACGUAGAUGCCCAGGGAACCCUGAUCAUUCAGGGAGUGGCCCCAGAGGAUGCUGGGAAUUAUAGCUGCCAGGCUGUGAAUGAGGUCGGCACAGACGAAGAGAUGGUCACCCUCUACUAUACAGAUCCACCGUCAGUCUCUGCAGUAAAUGAGGUGGUGCUGGCCGCCGUCGGGGAUCAGGCUGUGCUGGUGUGUGAGGUGUCUGGGGUGCCCCCACCCCGGGUCAUCUGGUAUCGAGGGGGUCUUGAAAUGAUUCUGGCCCCCGAGGGCUCCAGCUCUGGGACACUGCGGAUCCCAGCAGCUCGGGAGAGGGAUGCUGGCGUCUACACCUGCCGAGCUGUCAAUGAGAUGGGCGAUGCUUCUGCAGAGAUCCAGCUGGAGGUUGGACAUGCACCCCAGCUGAUGGAGCUGCCCCGGGACGUCACUGUGGAGCUGGGGAGGAGUGCCCUCCUGGCAUGCCGGGCCAUGGGCCGCCCGCCCCCGCUGGUCACCUGGCGCCGUGGAGAUGGCCAGCCACUGGGGCCCAGGCGGGGCAGCAGGACUGGGCAGCCCGAUUUGGGCGUGCUGUUCUUUGAAAGUGUGGUCCCUGAAGAUCAGGCCCCGUAUGUCUGUGAAGCUCAAAAUGUGUUUGGGAAGGUCCGGGCAGAGGCCCAGCUCGUCGUGACCGGACAUGCCCCACCGCAGAUCGCCAGCAGCGCCUCCACCGUCCGGGUGCUGGAGAGGCAGCCGGUGUCCCUGCCCUGCAUCAUCCUGGCUGGGAGGCCCUUCCCAGAGAGACACUGGCUCAAGGCCGGCCUGCCUCUCCCACCUGGCAGCCGGCAUUCCAUCCGAGCAGAUGGCAGCCUCCACCUUGACCGGGCGCUGCAGGAGGACGCAGGGAGGUAUAGCUGUGUGGUCACCAACGCGGCUGGCUCUCAGCACAGGGACGUGGAGUUGGUUGUCCAGGUGCCACCUCGGAUCCAGCCCACUGCCACCCACCAUGUCACCAAUGAAGGGGUUCCAGCCUCUCUCCCCUGUGUGGCCUCAGGGGUCCCCACCCCCACUAUCACUUGGACCAAGGAAACCAAUGUCCUGACCUCCAGGGGUCCCCACUACAAUGUGAGCAAAGAUGGCACCCUGAUCAUCGCCCGGCCAUCUCCCCAGGAUGCCGGGGCCUACGUCUGCACAGCCACCAAUGCUGUGGGCUUCUCAAGCCAGGAGAUGAGGCUUUCUGUCAACACUGAGCCCAGGAUCCGUGUGAAUGGUUCACGUGAUGCAGGCGAGCCUCUGAGAAUCGUGGCCAAGGCUGGUGACGAGGUGACCCUGGACUGCGAGGCCCAGGGCUCCCCACCCCCAUUGGUCACCUGGACCAAGGACUUCCACCCUGUGCCAUCCCUCACCGACAGGCAUCGCCUCCUCCCAUCAGGCUCCCUGCGUCUGGCCCAGGCCCAGGUCGGUGACAGUGGCCUCUACGGAUGCACAGCCAGUAAUCCUGCCGGGUCCGCCUCUCGGUACUACGUCCUCCGGGUGCAAGUGCCCCCUCAGGUGCAGCUGGGCCCACGUGUCCUGAAGGUGCUGGUGGGAGAGAUUCUGGACCUGAACUGUGUGGCCGAGGGCAGCCCAGAGCCUCGGCUGAACUGGUCCAAGGACGGGGUGGCCCUGCAGGGUGUGGGGCCUGAGGGCUCUGUCCACUUCUCUGCCAUCCAAACCUCUGACGCCGGCCUGUACCGCUGUGAGGCCUUCAACAGUGCUGGUGUGGAUGCUUGGGAGCUGGAGCUCUGGGUGCUGGAGCCGCCGCACUGGGAGGCCGAUGGGAGCAGCGGCCUGCUGGAGAGAGUGAUGGGAGAGAACGCGAGCCUGCCGUGCCGGGCCAGAGGUGAUGCUGGGCCCAGGGUGGGCUGGGCUAGGAAGGGGCACCCCUUACAUGUCAGCGCCCUGGGUCACACCCUGUGGGCUAGGCCCAUGGGUUAUGGAGGGUUAGGGGGUCCUCACUCUCAGCCAGGCCAUGCCAGGCAUUUUAUCCUAUCGAGAACCUUGUAGGGUGGGUAUUAGGGUU